CAAACUGGUUGGUUGUAUCAAGAUCAGUUGUGGUUACUGAUACACAUACUUAACGGCGGUAUUUAAGUGCGGGAAGAACACAUCUAGGAGCGAAACCGUUCAGACAUAAAACAUGCGUGAAAUUGUCCAUCUUCAAGCGGGUCAGUGUGGAAACCAGAUUGGUGCUAAGUUCUGGGAGGUGAUCUCUGACGAGCAUGGUAUUGACCCCACAGGAACCUACCAUGGUGACUCGGACCUCCAGCUGGAGAGAAUCAAUGUCUACUACAAUGAGGCCACCGGUGGAAAGUAUGUUCCCCGUGCAGUGCUUGUUGAUCUUGAGCCUGGAACAAUGGACUCUGUCAGAUCCGGACCAUUCGGACAGGUCUUCAGGCCUGACAACUUUGUGUUCGGACAGAGUGGUGCAGGCAACAACUGGGCUAAGGGUCACUACACAGAGGGCGCUGAGCUCGUAGACUCUGUGCUAGAUGUUGUUCGCAAGGAGGCAGAGUCAUGCGACUGUCUACAGGGUUUCCAACUGACACACUCGCUGGGUGGUGGUACCGGAAGUGGCAUGGGGACGCUGUUGAUCAGCAAGAUCCGGGAGGAAUACCCCGACAGAAUCAUGCUCACAUUCUCUGUUGUUCCUUCUCCAAAGGUAUCAGACACAGUUGUUGAGCCUUACAACGCCACCCUCUCAGUUCACCAGCUAGUUGAGAAUACCGACGAGACCUACUGUAUCGACAACGAGGCUCUCUACGACAUCUGCUUCAGGACCCUGAAACUCACCACCCCCACAUACGGAGACUUGAACCAUCUGGUAUCCGCCACUAUGUCCGGUGUGACCACUUGUCUCCGAUUUCCGGGUCAAUUGAACGCUGAUCUCCGCAAACUCGCAGUGAACAUGGUGCCCUUCCCACGUCUGCAUUUCUUCAUGCCUGGGUUCGCUCCACUUACAUCCCGUGGUAGCCAGCAGUACAGGGCCCUCACUGUCCCUGAGCUCACACAGCAGAUGUUUGAUGCCAAGAACAUGAUGGCCGCCUGUGACCCACGUCAUGGUAGGUACUUGACGGUCGCUGCCAUCUUCCGAGGCCGCAUGUCCAUGAAGGAAGUUGAUGAGCAGUUGCUGAACGUACAGAACAAGAACAGCAGCUACUUCGUGGAAUGGAUUCCCAACAAUGUGAAGACCGCUGUCUGCGAUAUUCCUCCGCGUGGUCUCAAGAUGUCCGCCACUUUUAUUGGCAAUAGUACCGCCAUCCAGGAGCUAUUCAAGCGCAUCUCUGAGCAGUUCACCGCUAUGUUCCGUCGCAAGGCUUUCCUCCACUGGUACACCGGCGAGGGCAUGGAUGAGAUGGAAUUCACUGAGGCAGAGUCUAACAUGAACGACCUUGUUUCCGAGUAUCAGCAGUACCAGGACGCCACCGCGGAGGAGGAGGGAGAGUUGGAUGAGGAGGAGGGUGAAGCUGAGGGCAACUAGAACGGGGGACAUUGUUCAUCCAUCCCCAUAUAGACUCUUUAUUAAAACUAUUUAAUGCAACGUAAACACAUGCUGCACAUUGCUAGCACAUGAAUACGGGUAACAUUUUUGUAAAGUUGCCUGAAGUUGUGCAAUAUUACUUGCGAUCAUGUUCUGCUGAUACUGUCUCACUGUCAGCUCAUAAAUUGUCUUCAUGUUGUUGUUGAGUUACUACCUUUAAUAAAUUUGGUAAAAAAAUG